ACUUACGGAUUACCAAUAGCGAGUAGGAGAGGGAGGGGACGGCGCGGUGUACAGAGAAGCUUGUUCUUUAGCGUGAGAAAAUCAUUGUUUGUAUGUUGUUUGUGAUUAUAUCCAGAUUUUCAAAAUGACAAAGAAGAGGAAGAGACCCGACGAUUUUCAGAAGAUUAAAUUUAAAGUUGGCAAGAAAAAGCUUAAGCCAAACAAUGUCACAGAGACAAGCUUCAAGACAAAAGCAAUAUAUGUACCAGAUCAAUUAAAGGAAAAUGGAACUCUUCCAACAAAUAACAGAAAACUUAAUGUGAAGGAGCUGCUUACCCAGUUGCAUCAUUAUAAUGCGGGUGUCAAACAAGGUGCCCUGACAGGGCUGAAAGAUCUGCUAGCCCAGCACUCUUCAGUCAUUGAUGCUCACCUUUCCAGUAUUGUCACUGAAGUUGCUGCAGUCUUUACUGAUAAAGACUCUGCUGUUCGUGUUGCAGCAGUUCGUCUCCUGCGUUUUCUGGCCCCAAGAACAUCAGAAGAGCAGAUUGGCCCAUUCUUCCCCUUAAUAAGUGCCCACCUGUCUAGUGCCAUGACACACAUUGUAGAGGGUAUACAGGAAGAUGCGCUGAAAGUCUUGGAUAUUUUGUUGGACCAUUACCCAGCACUUCUAAUUGAUCAUAGUGGUGUCUUAUUGAAAAACUUUGUAGAACUUAUUUCUCAUCAGAAGCUGUCAAAAGGCCUUGGAAAAGGUGGGAAGGCCUCUGCUUGGAUGCUUUCUGUGAAUCCUGACCGCAGGUUUACUUCGCAGCAGUGGCACCUCAGUGUUCUUGUUAGAUUAAAAAAAUUACUGUCAGCCUUGACACAAGGUAUGAAGAGAGAAGAAGCAGAGGAAGAAGCUUUUGAACUAAAGGAAUUACCAAAACCUGGUACACAAGGUGCAUCUGAAAUCAGUUGGGAGCAACUUGCAACAAAGCAGCAAAGUGUCCACUUGUAUGAACACUCUGGAUCACAGCCAUGGGUAAAUUCCCAGUUCAAACUAAGGUCCCUGGUGGAUGGUGGAGCUGGCUCAGAAGGAGCAGUGGCUUCAGCAGACAGCCUGAAGAGCUUCAUGCAGACUCUGCUUCCAUUGAUGAUUGAAUGCUGGGUAGAGGCCUGCCCGCCACAGUUUGGUGUUCCCAUUCAUGGAAGCAAGGUGGAUAGUGAUAGCAUGCUUCUCAUGCAACAAGUUAUCAGUAUUAUUCAGCUGUUGUGGAAACGUGCUCUGCAACAAGACGAAACCUGCCAAAUGAGAUCAUGGCUUCGAGAUGGUUAUUUGGAGGAUUUUAAACAUCAUUUUAUGAAACAUUUCCCAUAUUCAGUACAAGCAGCAACAAAGCAGAAAAAGAAAAAAAUCAGUAAAAGUGAGAAAGAUGAUGCCUCUCUACUUACGGACUGCCUAGACCAUGAUAUGCUGAAUUUAACAAUAUGUCAGGUGAUGGUUGCCCUGACCAGUGCUCCUACAUUACAGCAGGAUACAGCUUGGCUCGAAAAAAUACGAUAUUUUGUGACAGAAAACCUUGAAGACGGCAGUAUAUUAACUCCUAAACAGCUGAGUGCAAUGGUUGGGCUGGUAUGGAAACUUGUACAUAUUCAACGAAGCAGAGCUGCAACAGAGGCAUUAUUGAAAGCGGUUUAUUCUCGAUACAAACAGAAAGGCCUUGCUCUCCCUGUCCGUACUGUGCUUCUCAAAUUCUUCAGUGGCCUCUAUCUGAGAGAUAGUGAAACCAACCCUCACAUAUCUGGGAGUCGAGUUUUGUCCCGCUGGCUAGCUGGACUACCCCUUCAGCUUGUUCAACUUGGCUCCAGGAACCCUGUGCUGUCAGCCCAGCUCAUUGAUACAAUUCAUGCUGCUGUAGCUCGCUCCCAUAAGGAACUCAUCCUUAGCCUGCAGUCGUGUGCUUGUCGACUUUAUGAUCCACAAGAUGGCACUCUUGUUCUUCUUCCCACCAGUUCUCAACAACAUCUGGUGCAGCUGCUGUAUUUUCUGCCCAGUAUUUCAUCAGAGCUGUUAUCGUGUCUGAGUCGUUGUUGCACAAUGGGGAGGUUGUCAACAUCCCUUGCCACCUUUCUUAUCCGGAUAUUACAUGUGAGGUCAUCCUUUUCAGGCUGGCCAUGCGCAGUAAAUGACAACACCCUUACUGACGCAGACUACUUCAGUUUCCUGUUUUCAACUUUAUCAGGAUGCUCUGCAGAAGAACUAACUUGGCUUCAACGCAGUAGUAGGAACCCACAUGUCAUCCAAACUGCACUUUCUCCCAUCCGUCUGUACCUCACAGACCUGGACCUGUUUUUACAUCACUAUGCAAUGACUGAGGUAGUGUGCCAUUGCUUAUCUUCGGUGAAGUCCAGAAGUCAGUGCUUUGAUGUUCUACAGACUGCUGUUUGCAAGUACUUGGGUGUUCUAACCAUCAUACCUGACAGCACUGCUGGGGCAGUUUUGAACACUGUAGGUAAGCUACUGAGCCCAGCCUGUAGUCCCAGUGAGAAUCUUCUGAAGUUUCUAGCGAGCUGCUGUUAUAUUGUACUCCAUGUAAUAUCAGCAGAGAAGAACAACAGUGAGCAUGCACCAAAGAGGGAGAUGCUGUGGGGAUCAUGUCUAUCUGCUUUGACUAGUUCUCCUCACUUGAUGAGACUGAUGCUGCAGGGUUUACAUAUAAGUGAAGCCAGUCAGGAGGAGUUGCGUAUCACUGCACAGAUCCUUCGGUUGCUACUACAGCACUUCCAGCUCAGAAGUUAUUUGACAAACAACAUGGGUCUGGUUCAACAGAUUGUUCAGGAUAUCACGAACCAUAAAAAAGGUGACAUCCAGGAGCAGUGGCUAGCAGAACUUCAUUACUGUUUCAGCAUCUUGCUUCCAGCACAAUCCACAGGCCACAGCAUCGCUAAUUCAAUCUGCAGUUAAACAUUACUGAAUCAGGAGCUUUUCCACAUUUGCCUUGUAAUGUAAAGCUAUUAAGAAUGGAGUACUUGGCAUUGGUUGAAGAUUACUGCAUACCUCUGUAAUACCCAUAGUUUUGUUCAGGAUAAGAAUGAUUUUGGGUGAAAUGAUAAUCACCAGCUAUUAGCUGGAUGCUUGAGCUGGUAUUGUUUUGUUUUACUUUCAAGGAUUGUUUUCCCAUUGACUGGGCUUUUUUUAUCAAUAAAUAUGUACAAGAAAA